CAGGAAAAGCCAAAGCAUAAACAUGAGAGGAGAAACUAAGAAUUAUUCCUGGAGAGGAAUUGUUUUUUCUUUUGGAAGGAAUUCUUCUUAGAAUCCUUCUUCUUCUCCUUGAUGCAUUUUCGCUUCCAGUCCGUAAUCAGAUCUUCAAGCUAUCUAAAUUGGACUAAGGAAGAACAAAAAAUCUUCGGUAAUCAUCAGUCCACUCAAGAGAUGGCUAAACAAUCAAGUGUGAGUGAAGAUACAAUUGAGAUUGGAGGACCUAAGAAGAAGUUGAUUGUGCCAAGCAGUGUCUUGGAGGGCAUUAAGCAUAUGGCAUCUUCAAUGCCAUCCUCACCUUCAGGCCAACCAAAGAGCGCAAAGUAUAACUGCUUGUGCUCACCAACCACACACGCGGGUUCUUUCAGAUGCAGGUACCACAGGAGUGCUAGCCUGACUCGAAAUAGCAUGUCCGUCGGCUCGAAACUCUCUGAACUGGCUGCUGAAAAAUGACUCAAACGAUGCUGGAAAAAUACUCAAAACUAAUGUUUCAUAUCUAGGGUAAUUCUUACUGUCCCUCCUAUGUCAUUUCAUCUGUAAUUAAACAUGUAAUAAGGACUAAAGUUUUCUGUCUCUGAUUAGUUGUGAAGUCAUGGAAGAAUGCUUGGUUGUACAUUAUAUUAUUUAUUGGUUCAAUCAUUGCACA